ACUUGGUUUCAGAAAAGCGUCAAAAUGGCUGCCAAACCGAACACGAUGAACGGGGGUUUUUGGAAUUCACCACAGGCUCAAUAUAGCCCACAAACUCAGAAAUUAUUGAAAGAAAUGAUGAAUGAAUCAAAAUUAACAAAUUUUCAACAGAGACACCUUGAAAAAUCUCUUAGAAGUGGGUCUAGUUUACCUUCUGAAUGUAAUCCUACAUCAAGUGCACGACCAAGAGUGGUAAAACAAACCAAGAAACCAAGUAAAAUUCUGAAUCCAAAAAAUUAUACUGGUGGUGUACGCUCUAAAGACACUAUGGAAGCUCUAGGAGCUUUUGAAAAACCAGAAUACAGUUUACCUAAAAAUAAUGCUCGAUCAGCUCGAGAGAAAGAAAGAUUGGCCAAUAUGAUGGCAUUCGGUAAAGAUGUUGACAAUAUACAGAAACAAAAGGUUCAGGUACCAGUUGAAAUAGAAGAGCCAGUUGAAAUAGAUAGAUUUGAUGAAUUACAACUUGAAGUAGAAGAAAGGCAGAAAUUUUUAGCUGAUAUGACUAAAUUAGGGAAAGGAAGGGACUACAAACAUAUUGAAACUGAAAUAUCACAGCUGGUGAGAGAGAUGGAGGUGAUAGAUAAAAAACGAACCAAACAAUUAGACUCUUUACUUAAAACUUAUGAUGGUGAAUCCUGA